AUGAAGGUCCAGCAGAUGCCCAACUGGUCAGACACUAGAGACGAGGAUGACAACAUGCUCCCAAUAUUGGAUCGGCCACGAUUACAACAUGAGUUUCUAGAGUACCUGCAAAGCCGUACGGAACAUAUCAAGACGAUUGUCACUCAGCACUUCACACACGUAUCCCAACUUCCCUGGUUCUUUCGCGCUUUCGAAUACUUGAAAAGGGGUCUGGCGUGGAUCAUUCGGAAGCCUUUCUAUCGUCCUUUCAUUCCUCGCCGACGUCCCCUGUCACUCAAAUCAGGCUACCUCCUUAUGGAUUUUAUCGAUGCGCAACAAGGCACAGUUCUCUCCAAUAUGCCUCCACCUCAAACAGUUGAGCAGAAGCAGAACCUCUAUAGGAGUCUAUCCAGAAUUAUGCUCGAUUUGGCACGUCCAUUACCCCGUAUAGAUUCUUUCACCAUUAACAAUAAUGGUGAAAUAAGCCUUAGUCAUCGCCCUCUGACUCUACGACUUGCUGUUUCGGAGAACCAGGACAUCCCUACCGAAAUUCUGCCGCAGUCUUGUUACGUGACAGCAGAUUCGUAUUUCCAUGACCUCCUAAAAUGCCAGGAUCUGAUUUUACAACAUCAACCAAACGCCGUCCGGUCGAAGCUUGAUGCCGAAGGGCAGAUGGCUGUUUUGACUAUUAUGCGGAGCCUAACAGCGACUUUUACGCAGCAUCAUCUUCGAUACGGACCCUUCAUCUUCCGAUUAACAGAUCUCCACCCGGGCAAUAUCUUUGUUGAUCGGCAGUAUAGAGUCACGGCAAUCGUUGACCUUGAAUGGGGUUGCUCUUUACCAAUUGAAACGCAACACCCACCGUUCUGGUUGAGUGGAUAUCAACUCGAUCAGCUGGAAGGAGAGAGAAUAGGAGACUUCGACAAUAUGUGCGACGAUUUCCUUCAGAUGUUUGAAGAUGAGGACAAUUCUACAGAACGUGACUCUUGCCUAGAGCCGGGCUUUUGUACGGCAGUGAUGAAAUCUGCUCUUGAGAGGAAGACACAUUGGUAUUGGAGCAGCCUGAACGAACCGAGAGGAAUGUACAAUCUGUUCAUGGAGCAUAUUCAGCCUUUAUUCGCGCCGUCACACUCCGAAGGAGAGCAGGCCUGUUGGUUUCAGGAAAUACUCGCGCCGUACUGGUCUCUUGCUGCCUCUGCUUUCGUCCAAGAUAAAGUCCGCCAGCGGGAAUACUAUCUGAAGAAGCUGGAGGCUAAACACCUGUCCCUGAACUCUGGAUGA